UUCCUUUCUGUCUGGCGGCAGCCAUCAGAGGUGAGCCAGGAUGGGUGCUUACAAGUACAUCCAGGAGCUAUGGCGGAAGAAGCAGUCCGAUGUGAUGCGCUUUCUUCUGCGAGUCCGCUGCUGGCAGUACCGCCAGCUCUCUGCGCUGCACAGGGCUCCCCGCCCCACCAGGCCGGAUAAGGCGCGCAGACUGGGAUACAAGGCCAAGCAAGGUUAUGUCAUCUAUCGGGUCCGCGUGCGCCGGGGUGGCCGCAAACGCCCAGUGCCGAAAGGUGCAACCUAUGGCAAGCCCGUCAAUCAUGGUGUUAACCAGCUGAAGUUUGCCAGAAGCCUUCAGUCUGUGGCUGAGGAGCGAGCUGGACGCCACUGUGGGGCCCUGAGGGUCCUGAAUUCUUACUGGGUUGGUGAAGAUUCCACGUACAAAUUCUUUGAAGUGAUCCUCAUUGAUCCAUUCCACAAAGCUAUCCGAAGAAACCCUGACACCCAGUGGAUCACUAAGCCAGUCCACAAGCACAGGGAGAUGCGUGGGCUGACAUCUGCAGGCCGCAAGAGCCGUGGCCUCGGGAAGGGCCACAAGUUCCACCACACUAUUGGUGGCUCUCGCCGUGCUGCUUGGAGAAGGCGCAAUACUCUCCAGCUCCACCGUUACCGCUAAUAUGAGUCAUGUUUGUAAAAUUCAUACCUAAUAAACAAUUUAGGACAGUUACGUCUACUUAAAAGUGUUCUUUGUCUGUUAAAACAGUAGUUGUUUGCAGAUUGUUUCACGAAUGCAUUGUCGAAUUACAAAAGUGAAAGUGCAAUAAUGUUUGAAGACAAGAAGUGACGGUGUAUCUUGUUUCUAAUAAGGUAGACACUUUUGUCUUUGCUUUAUCUCAGUAGGCAGUUGUAUGUCAAUGUUUAAGAUGAUGUGUGGUAUAAUAGAUGUCAAAUUCUUUAAAAGAGGAGCGCUGAGAUUAGCUCUUUCUGUAGACUUUGGUGCAUGUGCUAAAACCUACAACUUUAUUGGGGUGAUGCAGUGCUCUGCUGUUUUAACCUUAAGUGGCUGGGUGGUUUUUUUUGGAGUUUGAUGAGGGUAAAUUAGGAUCACCUUUAAGUGGGAUUUUGCUUGGAAGUUUGUAAGAUGGAAGGGGUACUGUCCUAACCUUUUGUCACGAUCGUAUGCAGAAAAGUUAUGAAGAUCAACUAGAGUCCACAUUUUUAUAUUUAAUUCAGUAUUCAUGUAACCACAGGUUCUGAAAGGAAAAAAUGUUAUAAGUGCCACCGUUUUUAGAAGAAUAAAUGUUGCAAGAGGAUUCUUUUACGAAUGAAACAAAUCUGGGUUAACAACUGAAGCGAUUUCCUUGGUGUCCACAGUAUCAUUUAAAUUCACAUAAAAGGCAAAAGCAUGUUAAAUCGCAUGCCUCCAUUUCUGGGAUGUGUAGAAUCCGGAAUUUGAUGCAGAGUUGUUACCAGUGGUGUUUAGACUGGUGUGCUCUAUCAAAGUUGAUGCAAAUUGAACAUGAGGUCCACAAGCGAGGGAGUUAUCUUAACCUUGAGAUUUGCGAGCUAGUAAUGCUAGGGUGGGAAGACAGUUGGGGCCAUGAGAUAAAUACCUUUCAGAUGUGUGAGGACAAACUUAAAACCUUUAAUCAAAGUUUUAAAAUACUUUGUGAAGUUUAUUUGUGACCAUUAUGAAGCCUCUAGCCUUCUUAGGGAAAAAGUAUGAUUGUCUAAAAGUAUGUCAUUGGUUUCCCCACUAUCCAUCCACUCCCUUAAGGCUACUGAGGAAAGUUAGCUUGGUGUCAGUAGAGGAUUUGGUUUCCAGCCUGACCGUAAGUGUUUUGCAGUUUACUCGUCCCUGGUCGGACUACCUUCAAGAUCCUUAACCAUUCCACGUACUUGCUAGUCCGUCGAUGGUGUCCACGUUUUAAGCAUGCCACAACGUUUUCGUGAGUUUAUUGUUUUGCAUCACAUCUAGACUGGGCUGCUUUUCCCCGGGAUGAAUUUGAGUGUGUAGGAAAUACAGAAGAGGAAUUGCCCCAAUUCUUUCAAAUUCAGAGUUUGCUGACUUAAUAGGUAAUUUGAUUUCAUAAUGUGAUGGCUGGUUUCCCUGAACCAACGUCCUGGUAUUUUCUUUUGGGGCCUCAAAAGGCUCAGUUACAUGAUUGCCAGAAGACAUUUGUAGCAGUCUUCGUAUAUAAAACUUCUUGAUUUCUGAGUUCCCUUCUACUCAAAAAACAAAAAAAAAUCUUAAAACUAUACAUUCUGAUUGUGUGUAGAGGUUGUUCAUCUAAAGGAAUAAAUGUCUAUUAAACUAAA